AUGAAACGUCGCCCUCAAAGUGCAAUCAUAGCUAAGAUCAUUAAGGAUAGAUAAGAAUCAGGGAUGAAUAAUUCAUAAUUGAUCUAUAUAAAAAAACAAACUCCAUAAUAGGUACCACCCAAGGAAUAUUUUGAGGAUCAGGAACAAAUGUACUUUGCGAAUUUGUCAUUGAAAUAAUAGUGUAAUGAGUUAAAAUUUGAGAAUUCAAAACUCAAAGCCUCGGUAUCUCAAUUGAAAAAAUAAAUUAUAAAGAUAGAGAAGAUCGAUAAAUAUUAGGCAAAUUGCGAUCCUCUUGGAGUGAUUUAAGGGGGUGAGGGGAGCAUCGUACCAAUUUUGAAAGCUAAAGUAAAGGAAUAGCGUAAUUAAAUUGAAGAAUUAUAAACUGAUUUGCAUUAACAGUAUAAGUCUGUUAAAUUGACAAAAUUAUCAGAGUUAUAAAGAGAAAUUGAGAAUUAGUAAAAUGAAAUUAUGAAGCUCAGAUAAGUUAUUCAAUCUGCUCUCAAUAUUAAUGAUUAAGAUUUGGUGAAUGAUCCAAAUAUAAUCGAAAAGCUCUCAAAAUUCACAAUCACAGUACACUAAUAAGAGAAUUCGAUUUAAUAGUUGAUGAAGUAGAAUGAUAAAUUAAAGCUGGAAUAUUAGGAAAUGUCUAAUGAUAACGCUAAAUUAUUAGAAGAAAUGAAGUAAUUGAAUUUUGAGAAAAUUAAUUAUAAAAAGCAAUUGGAUGAAUAAACAAUCACAGAGAGUGAAAUGUAUCAAUAAAAGAAGAGAGAAUUCUUGGAAAUGAAAUUAGCUGCUACUUUGAAGUAAUUGGAUACUUUAAAAGGGGAGUUGUCUUUGUAUGAGAAUAAGUCAAAAUUGUUAUAGAAGCACAUCAAGGAUUAAGAAAAAGAAUUUAAAUAGACAAUAAUGGAAUUACAAAAGUAGAAAUAAAACUUAGAAGAAUAAUGCAAUAAAAAAGAUAUCAUAAUAUAAGAUUUAAAUGAUAGGAUUAAUAUUUUGGAUUUAUUGAAGCAGAAGAACUCUCCUAAGCCAUCUGAGUCUCCUCUCACUUUGCAACUCAAAAAGUCAUUCUUUCCUCCCACAACUUACAGAGAUUAAAUGACAUAAUUUCCAGAAAAACAAAAUUAGGAUAUCAAUUAGGAUGUUAAUUGUAAGCCCAUUAAUAAGAAUAAAUUGGAAAAUCUGUUUUAGUAAUUAAAAUUCAAAAUCAUCUCUUAAAAAUUAACAAAGGAAAGGAUUCAUUUUACAUUUCAUAACAAAGAAUUCAUAUAAUUAAGUGAUGCAAUUUAAGUCUUUAUGAAUGCACCCUAUAACUUUUAAAAAUCUGAUUCAAUAAUAUUGGGUAGAUAUCUAAUUGGAGAGGAUCAAGGACUCUCAAAUUCAAUAUAAUGGUAGGAUACAUAGGAAGUUAAAGAAAUUGUUGAAUAAUUUUUCAACCACCCUAAGAUAAAAUCUUAAUAUUUAACAUUUUAGACAAUUUUGAAACAGAAUUACUAUUCAAGAGCAGUUAAUGAGAAAUUAAUAGAUGACUUCAUCUUGCUAUUGAAAAAUAACUUUAAAUUCACAUACGAGCAAAUAGAUUAUAUGUUGAUGAUGAACUAUAUAUAUUCAAACGAAGUAGAAAAUAUAGAUAUAAAUGCUCUGAGAUAAUUCAUAAUACAAGAGUGUGAUCUCUAAACAACACUUCAUAAUUUAACAUAUGUUUGUUAAGAUUCCGUUAGAUAUGUACCAAAAUAAAUCAAAAAAGUUUCAUAUUCAGAUGAUGAUGAAUUUAAUUAUCCUAUGGUUGAAAGCAAGAAUUUGAAAUCUAACUAAAAAUAGAAAGAUGAUUCAAAAAUUGAAAUUAAACCACCUGAAUUAUCAAAUCAAGUACAAAAUAUCAUUACAAGUGAACAAUACUUAACGUUUUCAUUCAGUGAUUAAUAAUAACUCAAAAGUUCAGAAUCUAGAAAGCCAAGCAACCAUAAUAAUAACAAUAGCGAUAUUUUCCAAUAUAGUCAAUCAUUACUACCCAUGACCACUUUGAAAAGACCUUCGGAUUUAUAAUAAAUGUCAUAAGAUAACUCAAUCUAAUUUAAUAUUACAAACUAAUUUUAGUCUCCAUAAACAAAUAAGAAAAGGACGAAUUAAAUAACUGAAUUCUAUCCUGGGAAAGAGAUUGCUGAUUAAAGGAACAUCCAAUAUAAUGUUGAUAACGAUACAUAAAUUACUGACAUCAAUAAAAAGGAGGAUGAUUAUUAUGAAGAAAUUUUGGAAGAAUACAUAGAAGAAUUGUGA